UGAGUCGCUACACUGCAGCAUCAGAGCCCAGAGUCUCCUGGAUGGAUCCAUGAAGAAAGCUUUCCUCCCUUCCUCUCCCUCCCCACCACCUCCACCCCAACACGGCACCUCCCGCGCCACGAUGGGCCGCGAGCCAUCAUUAACAGCGUUGUUGUUGUGAGGACAUCUGGAUCUCUCCGCUAUCAAAUAUGAAUCAUGCAUUUGAUAUUUCUGCCCACUUUGCUCGCCAGCGUCCUCUCGCCUGGGCUCCAUCCAUCACUAGCCUCAUCCGUUUCACAAGGAGUCGAGGACAAGGUUGAGAGGGACGCAGAACAAGCACUGCUGGAGCAACAGGCGACUGCAGCACCUGCCACAGACAACACAACCCAGCAAGAGGAGCACGUGAUCACGUACCCCUCACGCCUCAUCUACUACCUGAAUGAGGACUCAGAGAGCACCUACCAUGACCUCAGCACUCGGGCCAAGAACCAAGCCACCUCAGACCAGCCAGUCCACCUCGCCCAAGUCAGUUUCCAUUUAGAAGCAUUUGGCUCCAUGUUUGUUCUGGAUCUCAAACUAAAUAAUGAUCUGCUGUCUUCAGAUUAUGUUGAAAUCCACUAUGAAGAUGGGAAACCUGUUCUAUCGAAGGGCGGUGAGCACUGUUACUACCACGGCCAGGUGAGGGGGAGCGAUAACUCCCAUGCGGCCUUAUCUACCUGCAAUGGUUUGCACGGGAUGUUUGACGACGGACUCCAUGUGUAUCUAAUCGAGCCCUUACACCAGACUCAUUCAAUCGAUACAGCUGCAAGGCCUCACAAGCUAAGAAGAGGAGCUUCCACUCUGUUGAACAAUGAUUCAGAGGAGCACGAGGAUGACGAACAGCUGCUCUCAGAACUCGAUGAGCUCUCCUGGCUGAAGCGCAGGAAAAAGCGAGCAAUGCCCCGCAGCGUAUUUGAGGAGACGAAGUAUUUGGAAGUCAUGAUUGUCACAGACCACAGUAUGUACAAACGACACAAAAACAAGCAGCACACAAGAAAUUUUGCUAAGUCGGUGGUGAACCUUGUGGAUGGUAUCUUCAAGGACCAGCUGCACACACGUGUGGUGCUCGUUGCUUUAGAGAUCUGGACCGACAAGGAUCAGAUCCCCAUCAGCAUGAAGCCGCUGGAGAUGCUGCGAGAUUUCUCCAAGUAUCGACAGCAGAGCAUCAAACUGCAUGCCGACUCCGUGCAGCUCCUCUCAAAUGCCACCUUUCACUACCGCACAAGCAGCGCUGCGUACUUCGGAGGCCUGUGCUCUGUGAGCCGAGGUGUGGGGGUCAACGAGUACGGCUCCACCCCAUCCAUGGUAGUGUCUGUGUCCCAGAGCCUUGCUCAGAACCUGGGGAUUCAAUGGGACCCUGCAGCCAAGAGAAAAGAAUGUGGCUGUGCUAACUUGUGGACGGGCUGCAUCAUGGAGGACACGGGUGUCCAACACCCGCAGAAAUUCUCCAAAUGCAGCAUCUCCGACUACAAGGAGUUCCUCCUCAAAGGUGGAGGCUCGUGUCUGUUUAACAGGCCAACUAAGCUGUUUGAGGUGGCACACUGUGGGAACGGCUUUGUAGAAGUGGGAGAGGAGUGUGACUGUGGACUGAGAGCAGACUGCUACAAGGAAUGCUGCAAGAAAUGCUCCCUCGCCAAUGGGGCGCACUGCAGCGAUGGACCUUGCUGCAAUCAUACAUGUCUGUUCUACCCACGAGGUUACAGCUGUCGCUUCGCUGUGAACGAUUGUGACAUCUCAGAGACGUGCUCUGGAGACUCCGGACAGUGUCCUCCCAACCUACAUAAGCAAGAUGGUUACUUCUGUCAGGUAAACCAGGGUCGAUGUUACAACGGAGAGUGCAAAACCAGAGAGAACCAGUGUAAAUACAUCUGGGGAUCAAAGGCUGGAGGCUCAGAGAAGUUCUGCUAUGAGAAGCUGAACACUGAAGGGACAGAAAAAGGCAACUGUGGAAGAGAUGGAGACAAAUGGCUCCAAUGUAGCAAACACGAUGUGUUCUGUGGUUAUCUUUUGUGCACUAACGUGGGACGAAUCCCACGCAUCGGAAUGAUGAAAGGAGACAUUACCCCCACCUCCUUCAAUCACCAAGGCAACGUGAUCCAGUGCACUGGUGCCCACAUCCUUUUGGACGAUGAGACUGAUUUAGGCUACGUGGAGGAUGGGACUCCCUGUGGGCCGUCCAUGAUGUGCCUUGACCACAAGUGUCUGCCCAUCCAGUCGCUCAACAUGAGCUCUUGCCCCAUUGGACCCAAUGGGCAGGUGUGCUCUGACCAUGGGGUGUGCAACAAUGAAGCCACUUGCACCUGCGACACCACCUGGGCCGGGACAGACUGCAGCAUGCCUGACCCACCCAAAGUGCCCGACGUCACACCGGAAGAAGAACCUAAGGGUCCUAGUGCCACCAAUCUAAUAAUAGGCUCCAUCGCCGGAGCCAUCCUUGUGGCUGCCAUAGUGCUGGGGGGGACUGGAUGGGGCUUUAAAAAUGUGAAGAAACGGCGUUACGACCCCAACGCCCAGGCCAUUUAAGUGGAGGAGAGAUGACAGUUGUAGACGGACUCCUCCAAGGCUUCCUUAGUUGGCUACCUGACAGCUGGACUGCACCUUUUGCUGCUGAUUUUUGGCAUUAGUUUUACUUGAAAAAGACAUAGUGGACAUCUCAACAGAUUCCAUUGUAGUGACAUUAAAAAAUGCAGCCUUUUCAACUCCACAUAUAACACCCUUUCCCCUCUACAACUUCUCCACCCCGUAGAGCGUCAGAGCUCCUCGACCUUCCUUUAGUGCCAGUGCACAGGCGUUCAGGUGGAAUCCACAUCAUUCUCUCACCUGGCAUGAUUAUUCACACAAAGUGUGCUGCUUGCUGGCCCCAUUAGCAUGAAGAGCCUUCUAUGCCGGGCUCGGCAUGGCUACCAAAGCUAUAAAUUUAUUGCAAAAGAAAAAAAGAGGAAAAACAAAACGUACAAAAAAAAAAAAAAAAACAAGUUGACGAUUGCAGGAGAAAGCCUGGUUAAAAACCAAACCCGCUGGAAAGCCAGUUAAAACUCCUACAGGACAUGUUGAGGGGCUGCAUGCGAGGACAAUGCAGACCACAUAGUGUAGACGUGCACAAAAACUGUACAUUAUUAAGAAGUUCAGAUUACUAAUUGACUUCACAUUUCACAAGAACUUCAGCUGCUUUGGUUUCUAUUUUAGCACGUUUAAUAGGUGUUUUAUUUCUUUAUUUUUUGCAAAGUAACCGAACAAUACCUGUUUGUGCAAUUUGGGCCCAAAGGAUCAGAGCAAGUUCAGAUUCCCAACAGAGCAGCUGUGGUGGUGAGAAACAUGUCAAGUCUCUAAAUGAAUGCAGAAAGUGACAAGAUUACCCUAUGAAGUAUUUCCAACGGUGACUCCAAAGCCAAAGAACCAAUCACCUGAACGUAUGGAUGUUGUUGCACACAGAGCACUUUCCCCUUCCUCUGUCUGCAGCCAGUGGUGCCUCUCCUGCUGAGGGCAUGAAGUCUGUCUGUGCAGGCGCUCACCUGUCCAGACAGGUCUCUUAACAGUCCUCAUCAACACCCAUUAUUACUGGCUUAGCCUUUUGCUCUCAUAAAGUCUUAUCAAGUUCAGUUCUUCGGUUAUCGCUGCAUGCAAUCACUAUAGUGGGCUUAUAAUUCUAUAUGGGAGUCCCCAAAAAUCUGCAAGAAAAAAUAUGCUACAAAAGGUAGGUGCAUGUCGACGACCAGGACAUUUAACUUUUAUUUACUAUGCAAAAAAAAAAAAAAAGAUAUUGCACAAAAGAAUGGGUAAUAGUGACAACAAUGUAGACAUGGAAUUACAAUAUCAUCUGCUUAUCAGCUAAAUAUUUUCUAUUUGGCUACUUUUUCAUUUUUCUUCAAACUUGGAUGGACUUAUAAAUUAAAAUAUGGAGACAAAAAAAAA